AUGUCCAAGACCAAGGCCGGAGCCGCCUUGGCUCAGCACCAUCUGCUCUACUUGGUUAAUCAUGUCUUUUUACCCCCAAAGCUCCCCAGUGGCGAUGAUGAGUCUCCCACGCAGAAGGCCAUCAUGCUGUCUACCGUCUACGAUGCACUUGCAACGAUCAGUGUUCGGACACAGGACAAUAUUCAGUUUGAUAAGUGUAAGCUCAACGUUACCAUUUUAGAGAUGGUAAACGGGAAGCUAGGGUUUGUGGUCCUCCAUAUUGUCAAACAGAAUGCUGGCGUCAUGAUCAUUAGAACUUUGGACAAGAUGCAACUCGACCUUUUCGAGUUGUCCCCACGUAACAAAAACACAAUGGCCUCCGCAGGAAGGUUUCGGCGCUAUUUCCCAGGUGUUGCAAUCGCCAUGCGCAUGGAAGAUUAUAUCGGCAAAACUAACUUUGUUUCGUCGAUUUUAUCCAUGUUGUAUAAGCUGGCAUCUGCCAAAACACCUGGUUUUUACCCCAAAGUGAAAAAGGCAGGACAAUUUUAUGACGAGGAGCGUAACACCCCAAGCCCACACAAUAUGACGGAGUUUGUUACAGCUUUUUUUGGCCCCGUGACAAAGCCAGUUAAGGAUGCGGGAUUUUGGAAGAACACCCGGGACGAGAUCAUGUGGAAUGACGCCUUCAUGCCUUGGCGACGAUCGCCUCUCUGGCUGUUGCUUCGUGUCGCCAUGCAGCUCCUCUGGCACCGACAAUCGCCAGAGGAUGGACUAAACAUGUACAAAGCUUUUAUGCUUUAUUUGUCUGCUCGGAUCCUCCGUAUUUCGGCAAAUAUUCGCCUGGACAGCGACUACCUGGAGAUUAUGCGAUUCAAGGUAGCUCGUCGACGGCUUAAGCUGACCAGCGCUGGAAGGUCUUCGCAGUUCGAGUUGCCAGAGUCUGUACUCCAGGCGGUUGAUGGGUUUUUGGGGAACCCGGAGGGUGUUUCGAUGGUUCACCUAACCAUCAUGGAACUUUGGGUCGUUUGCGACAAGUUGGCCAUCCGCAGUCAGCCAUUUCUGCGAGAAUAUUGGCCGCAGAUCCCGAUACACCUAUUGCAAUCUUUGGUGCUGCCUUUCAGCCAAGAUAUGGUCCGACUUAAAAAGGUUAAGUUGUACUUUCAGCUAAAGUUUCAAAAGGCCGAUUUAACGCUCCCUAACAUCUUCGAUUCUUUUGGCGAUCGCAACCUCGACAAAAUCAAAUAUUUCCCAGCGUUCUUUGUUACGACCAGACAGUUGGGCCGGUACCAGGGAGGCCAGGUGGGGUCACACCCCUCCUGA